UCAGACUCCGCACCCUUUUCUAAGGCGUAUUUAUUUUUGGGGUGUAUAGAACCGGUUUCAGAAUGAAUGUGGUACCCUGUGCCCGCUGUGGUUAUGGAGUAUAUCCGCCCGAGAAGAUAAACUGUAUAGACCAGAUAUGGCACAAGGCUUGCUUCCAUUGUGAGACCUGCAAGAUGAUCCUCACGGUUAAUAACUUUGUGAGCUACCAGAAGAGGCCAUAUUGCCAGGCACACAACCCGAAAAACAACACUUUUACAAGCGUUUACGAGACCCCAGUGAACAUUCACGUAAAGAAGCAGUCCCAGGCCGUUAGCGAGAUAAAAUACAGAGAAGAAGGAGAAAAAUAUAAAUCAGUGUUUAAUUGGGAUUUAAAAUCCAGAGAAUUCGCUCACGACGGCAAAAUGGAAAAACUCAUCAAUCAGAAUACGUAUGAUGUGGGAAAAUCGUGGCUCUCUGAUGUGGACCCAGAAAUGGUGAGAGUGACUCAAACUCAGAAUACUCUCAGCGAUGUGAGUAAAUGUCAUUCUUUUAUGAAAUACACAGAAAACUUUGAACAGCAGACUAGGAAAGGCAGCUUCCCCGCUCUGAUCACUCCUGCUUAUCAGACAGCGAGGAAAGCCGGUCAUCUGGCAAGCAGCGUGGAGUACAAGAGAGGACACGAGGAACGCGUCUCCCAAUACACCACGGUGGUCGACACCAAAGACAUCUUACACGCCAGAACCGGAGGGCAGCUCGCGAGCGACGCAAAAUACACGGAAGAUUAUGAAGAGCGGAGAGGGAAAGGAAGCUUCCCGGCCAUGAUAACACCGGGCUACCAAAUCGCCAAGAAGGCAAACGAGCUGGCUAGUGAUAUUAAAUAUCACCAUCGCUACGAAACGGAGAUCAAAGGCAAAGCCAGCCAGACAGCUGCGACAGAUGUGACUUCUACAAAACAAAAGCGGGAUCGUUACAGCCAGGAUUACCUGGAGGAAGACGAGGAGUAUCGUGGAAAGGGAAGCUUCCCAGCGAUGAUCACCCCAGCAUAUCUCAAUGCGAAAAAAGCCAACGAGAUGGCCAGUGAUAUCAAAUAUAAGAAAGAUUUCACGAAGAUGAAAGGAGCCGCUCAUUAUCAUUCCCUCACCACCGAAGACAACCUCACCCUUAAACGGGCUCAGAAUGUCAACAAGCUGGUCAGUGAGGUGGAGUAUAAGAAAGAUUUGGAAAACACCAAAGGACACAGCAUUAAUUACUGCGAGACGCCCCAGUUCAGGAACGCCAGCAAGGUUUCCAAAUUCACGAGCGACCUCAAGUACAAAGAGAAAUACCAGAGCCAGAUGAAGGGUCAUUAUGACGGCGUGGGAAUGGACCGGCGCACGCUACACGCCAUGAAAGCCGGGAGCCUGGCCAGUAACGUAGCGUAUAAAUCCGAGUAUAAACACGACGACGUGAAUACCGACCAUUAUUACUACCCGGCCACGCAGACGCCGUCCUACCAGACCACCCGGAAGUUGGUUCCACUCAAAGACGUCAACUACAGGCAAAGCAUCGACAAAUUAAAAUACAGCUCGGUAACCAAUACUCCCGAAAUAGUCCUAGCCAAGGCCAAUGCCCAGCAGCUGAGUAACUUGAAUUAUCGAGCCGAAUACGAAAAAACUAAGACGCAUUACACGCUCCCUCAAGACGUUCCGGAAAUGAUGAAAGCGAAGGCAAACGCAGAACUUUAUAGUGAGAAUAAGUAUAAGGAAGGAUGGGUGAGGAAUAAGGGUCACGGCUUCGAGAUGCAUCUGGAUUCCUUGCCAAUUCUGGCGGCCAAAGCUUCGAGGAACCUCGCAAGUGAUAUUAAAUACAAGGAAGAAUACGAGAAGAGUAAAGGGAGAGCGGCCGCAAACAGUGACUCCCGGCUCCUCCACUCAUUACAAGUAGCCAAGCGGGACAGCGAGAUCCACUACAAAAGGGGAUUCGAGGAGAGCAAAACGCAUUUCCAUUUGCCGAUGGAUAUGGUAAACCUCGCGCAUGCCAAAAAGGCUCAGGCGCUGGCCAGCGACCUGGACUACAGGAAGAGACUCCACGACUACACAAUCCUCCCCGAGGACAUGAAGGUGAAAUGGGCCAGGAAGGCCUACGAUCUCCAGAGCGAGCUCCAGUAUAAAUCCGAUCUGUCCUGGAUGAGGGGCGUUGGGUGGGUCGCAGACAGGAGCCUGAACGUGGAGCAGGCCAAGAAAGCCGGAGACCUGAUCAGCGAGCGAAAGUAUCGUCAGAAAGCCGACAUGCUGAAGUUCACGAGCGUGGCCGACAGCCCACAAAUCAAGCACGCCAAGAAAAGCCAAGCGCUGCAGAGCGAUCUUGUGUACAAAUCGGGAACGGAACGUCUUCUCCAUCACUACACGAUGAGCAACGACGAGCCGCUCUUCCUGCAGGCGAAGAGCAACGCGGCCAAUCUGAGCGAGAAACGUUAUAAGAGCAGCUGGGAGAAGCAGAAGGAGACGGGAUUCGAGCUGAGACUGGAUGCCCUGUCCAUACUGACGGCCAAAGCCAAGCGCGAUCUUGCAAGUGAUAUAAAGUACAAAGAAAGUUAUGAAAAGACGAAGGGUAAGCUGAUUGGGGCGCGAAGCGUUCACGGAGACUCCCACAUCUCACAUUCGCUGAAAAUGAGCAAGAUGCAGAGCGACCUGGGGUACAAGAGGGAGGCAGAAACCUCCAUGUCGCGCUAUCGCGUUUCCAUGGAUACGCUGGACAUGGCUCAUGCCACCAUGGCGCAAUCACUGGCCACUGACCUCGGGUAUAGGACCUUCCUGCACCGCUACAGAGCCCUCCCGAGUGACAUGCGAGUGGAGUGGGCCAAGAAGGCUUACAAUCUUCAGAGCGAUAACCUUUACAGAUCGGAUCUGAAGUGGAUGAAGGGGAUUGGCUGUAUAACCGCUGGAUCCCUGGACGUGCUGCAGGCUAAGAAAGCCGGACAGCUGAUCAGCGAGAAGGCGUACCGGCAGCUGCCGUGCGAUUUAACGUUUACGAGUAUCCAAGACACGCCAGAGAUGAUUCAAGCGAGAAGAAGUUACAACCAGUCUGUAGAUAGCAAAUACAAAGCGCAGGGGGAGGACCUAAAGCAUCGUUAUACGGCCACCGCGGCCCUCCCAGAACUCCUCCAGGCAAAAUUAAACGCCAUCAACAUCAGCGAGACGCGAUACAAGGAGUCGUGGAGCAAGGUGCGGGAUGGGGGAUACAAACUCAAGCUGGACGCCAUUCCUUUCCAGGCCGCUAAAGCCUCUGGGGAAAUCAUUAGUGAUCACAAAUAUAAAGAGGAGUUUGAGAAAACGAAAGGAAAGAUGAUUGGUCUGCGCCGAGUGGAGGACGACAUCAAUAUUGCUCAUUCCGUGCAUGCGUCUUCUCUGCUCAGUGAUGUACAAUACAAGAAAGGCUUUGAGAAGUGUAAGACUCAGUUCCAUUUACCAAUGGACAUGGUCCAUCUGCUGCAUGCUAAGAAAGCCCAGUCAUUAGUCAGCGACCAAGAGUACCGGCAUCUCCUUCAUCACUACACGAGCCUUACGGAUGACAUCAGGAUCCUGUCUGCUAAGAGGGCUUAUGAACUUCAAAGUGAGAAACUAUACAGAUCGGAUCUUAAUUUCAUGAGAGGAGUGGGGUGCGUUGUGCCGGGGUCUCUGGAAAUUGAAGAAAAGAAGAAAGCCUCAAAUCUAAUCAGCGAGAGAAAGUACCGGCAGCAGCCUCAUUCCUUCAAGCACACGGCUGUUACAGAUUCCCUGGACAUUCUCCACGCCAAAUUCAGCAACAAGAUAACCAACGAGCGCUUGUAUAAAGCCGCCGGAGAGGAGACCCUGCACCACUACACCACCAUUCUUGGAUUACCGGAGCACGUCCGCGCGAAGUUAAACGCGGCCAACAUCAGCGACAUUAAAUACAGGGAAUCCUGGCUGAACAUGCGCGCUCAGGGACACAAGCUGACCAUGGACGCCCUGCAGUUCCAGUCUGCCAAGUUUUCUGGGAGCAUCGCUAGCGAUUACAAAUACAAACAUAACUAUGUAUCAGAGAAAGGGAAACACAUCGGAGCCAGGAGUAUCCUCGACGACCCCAAAAUGCUCCAUUGCCUUCGAGUGGCCAAGUUACAGAGCGAGCAGCAGUACAAAAAAGAGUUCAGCCACCUUCGCUCUCACUACCACCUUCCUCUGGACAUGGUGAACUUAGUCCACGCCAAGAAAGCCCAAGCCUUGGCCAGCGACCAAGACUACAAAACCAGACUCCACGAAUACACGGCCGAGCCGGAGGACAUGAAGCUGCUGUGGGCGAGGAAAGCUUAUCAACUACAGAGCGAGUCGCGUUACAAAUCGGACUUAAACUUCAUGAGGGGAGUCGGGUGGGAGGCUGCGGGUUCUCCUCAUCUCGAAGGGGCAAGGAAAGCCGGAGAUCUGAUCAGCGAGACAAAGUACCGGCAGUGCCCCGGCUCCUUGGCGUUCACUUCUGUCGUAGACUCUCCGGAUUUGGUUCAUGCAAAGAACAGUUACCGGCAGUGCAAUGAAAGACUCUACAAGCUGGGGGAUUCCGAAUCCAUACACAGGUGCUCCCUGCCCCCAGACCACCCGGACUUUAUCAGAGCCCGAAUCAACGCCUCUCAGAUAAGCGACAAAGCCUACAGGACAUCUUGGGAGGCUUCCCGGGCCGCUGGUUACGACCUGAGACUGGAUGCCAUUCCUUUCCAAACAGCCAAGGCAUCGAGGGAGAUCGCAAGUGACUUCCGAUAUAAAGAAGCCUUCGUUAAGGAUAAAGGCCAUCAGAUUGGGUUCCUGAGCGUUCGCGACGACCCCAAAACCAUGCAAGCCAUGAUGGCCAACAAACUGCAGAGCGACAAGGAGUACAAACGGCUUUCCGCGGAGACGAGGUCUAAAUUCAAGACUCACCUAGACCAGCCUGGGUUUAUCCAGGCCAAAAAGAGUCAACAGCAAGCCAGCGACGUCAACUACAGACAACACCUUCACCAGUACACGUGUGACCCCCAACAGCUCAACCUGAAACACGCCAAGCAUUCCCACAGUCUGCAGAGUGAUGUGAAGUAUAAAUCAGAUCUGAACUGGAUGAAAGGUGUUGGAUGGACGCCUCCCGGUUACUAUAACGUGGAGUUGGCUCGUAGGGCAGCGGAAAUGGCCAGCGCCGAGGAAGAAGACCCCCAGAUGACAACGGGAUCGGAUCAUUCAACGAGAGGACUCGAGUCUGCGCAGCGCGGUGGGGUGAAUCCGGACGCGUCGGAGAUCCUCCAGGUGAAACGCAAGAGAGUGCAGCCCGUGCCGCGGCGAACGCCUACUCAAUCGAUGCGGCCGGAUACUGCCGGCAAUUAAACCCUGCGGCAAUGAUCUGCCCUCCCUCCUGGCGCUUAACGUGUUAAACUGUACCCCCC